AUGAUUUACAAUGCGUCAGCCAAAUCAAAUAAUGAAGCGUUAUCUUUGAAUGAAAGUCUUUACCGAGGACUAGUUAUGUCAUCGGAAUUGUGCGGCAUUCUUCUACGACUCAGAAGUUAUCCAUAUGGAGUUAUAGCCGACAUCAAAAAGGCGUUUCUUCAGACUGAGCUCCAUGAAAAGGGUCGGGACAUGACGAGGUUUCUGUGGUUAGAAGAACUCUUCCUAGGUUUGAAACCUACAAACCUCGAGAUCUACCAGUUCGGGAGAAUAGCCUUCGGCUUUAUUCCAAGUCCAUUUUUGCUAACGGUAACGGUAGCGUAUUAUCUGAGAAGAACUACUGAAGAAGCAUCUAGUGAGGGAAAUGAAAACCGAGUAGAAAUGUUAAAACAAAUACAACAGCAGAUUCAUGUUGAUAAUUAA